CAUUUUGGUACACUUUGCUAGUCCUGCUUUUGAACAGAAAUUGUCGGAAGUGCUUCAUAAUUGCAAACAUUCCCUUGUUGUCUGCUGCGUCACCAACAACAGUAUAUACCCUGACUUAUACGGCCUUGCAACAGUGGCCACCAAGCUCAUCGACUUGUGAAAAGAUUUCGGGAUUUAUGCGAAUUGCAAGGCCCUAUAUAACGAUUUAUCACCGAUUUUUGCGCUGAGUUUAUUGGUCCAUGCUCCAACUGGUAUGCUUCGUUUUUCUCAUUGUAAAAUAAGAGGAAAUUGAACUGGAAUUGGAAGAGCGAAAGCCAAGGUCAAGGCGGAUGUUGAGAGCUGACUUGGUUGAGACCAAUAGUAUAAAUGAGCAAUUGACAUAAUACAUUGAUCCUACUCCAAACUUCAACUUCAAGGAAGGCGGACGAUAAGGGCUCCCCGGAGCCGGAGGAGCAGCAGGAUCAGGAGCAGGAACAGGAGCAGGAUCAGGAGCCCGAGGAGGUAGAGCAGCCGCUGGGGGCGGAGGGACCUGCGCCAAUUGAGCACGAGGCGGCCGCUGACAUCAUGUCAGACGAGGAGGCUGUCAUGGAGGGAAAGCUUCUGGCCGGCUCUGGGCCGACGGCCGAGGACGAUGGUGCCGGUCGCGCCGACAGCAGCGGUGCUGAGGACACAGAGGAGGCGGCUAACGCGCCGCUGCGCCUCGACCAGCGCUCUGAUACUGAGGAGAUGCCCGCUGAUGAGGGGCCUCCGGCCGACGAAGACGAAGACGAGGAUGACGUCCAGAGCGCGCGCAUUGAGGGAGCCGAUGAAGUGGACACAAUGACUCUCGAGGGCACCGCCGAGGUCCGGAUGCCGCCAGCGUCCAGCGGGUCGCUCAAGCAGCCCUUCGACUCUGAGCGCACACGCGGCGCGCGCAGCAUGACUCUAGCCCGGGACUCGGGCGCCGAGGUACUCGACGAAAACGGCACGCCAGCUCCGGAGGCGGUUCCCGAGGAGCUGCGAGACAACGUUUACGGCACGCUCAAGAUCGCCGAUGAUGGAAAUAUGACGCUGGAGGCCUACGACCGGCCGGCUUCUGAGACCGAGACGGCUGAGGGAACUCCCAGUCAGCUGCGCGUGCAGGCCAUGAUGCGUGCCGAGGCGCCGCCGCAGGCCACACCGUCCUCGCUGCGGCCGCGCGGCAUGUCCAUUGAGAGGUCGCCAGAAAUGGAGGUGAACAUGCGCCAGCACCUGCCGCCCGGGCCGACCAUCUCGCCCGACCAGCAAAAGCUGCUCGACGAGCUCGGCAUGCAGGCGGGUCCCACCGGCUUCAGCAAGACCAAGGAGGUCCACAUGCUGGCCUCGGACGUCAUGAUGGAGACGAUGGAGGCCAAACUGGGUAUCUCCUGGCGUCGUGACAUGGACCGGGAGGAGGCCAUCGACGAGGCUCGCGCCCAGUACUACGAGCAUUUCGCCGGCCAGGCCAUCUUCAAAGAAGUCGGCCUCAACGAGCCGGCGUACGACCCGGCCGACUACGAGCACCUCACGGUUCCACCGGAGAUCGCCCAGAUGUUCCAGUUCAUCACUAGCUACACGCCACAGACCAUCGACCUUGAGCACAGACUGAAGCCGUUCAUUCCCGACUUCAUCCCGGCCAUCGGAGACAUCGACGCGUUCAUCAAAGUGGAACGGCCCGACGGCAAGGCGGACUCGAUUGGUCUGUCCGUGCUGGACGAGCCGCGCGCUCAGCAGAGCGAUAAGAAUGUGUUGGAUCUCCAGCUGCGUGCUGUCGCCAAAACCACCACGCAUAAACAGACGACUGUGGCCAGCGUGCCCAACGCCGACCGUAACCACAAGGCCGUGGAAAAGUGGAUCAAAGACAUCGGCGACCUGCACAGGUCCAAACCGGCUCCGUCCGUCCACUACAACAAGCCGAUGCCGGACAUCGACUACCUGAUGCAGGAGUGGCCGGCCGAGUUUGAGGAGGUCCUCUCCAGCACACAUCUGCCGACAGCCGACCUCGACUGUGACCUGGCUACAUAUGUGGAUAUCAUUUGCAGCAUCAUGGACAUCCCGGUGUACAAGUCCAAGGUGCAGUCCCUGCACGUGCUGUUCACGCUCUACAGCGCCUUCAAGCAGUCGGGUCACUUCGGUCAGCAGCCGGAGGCCAACCCCAAUUACCAGCAGAUGACCCUGUGAGGUGCCCGACUACGCCGGCGGUAGGGAGCGCUGCUGAUCAGCCGCCCGCGCGCUGCCGUCGCGGCCUGGCGAGGCACGCGCCUUGGGGUGUCUGUGCUCCACUGUAUAAUCCGUCCAACGCUGAGUCUGAGUUCGUUCUCGCGCUCAGACUUUUCACUGGCCGUAUAUCAAUCACUACAGUACCAGUACCACUACUGUACCACUAUUUCACUGGCCACCAUAUCAGUACAGGCCGUGUUUGCUGUUUACUGGUCUAGUCACCGUCCAAAGGAAGAUACCAUGUGAUAGGAAGUGAAGCACUUUGAUGCUGCUGUGGAAAUGGCCAGAUCUCGAUGCGGGCUCAAGUGAACACAAACUCGUCAUUCCGUCCGCUGUGUUCUACUAUGCCGUUGCCCGUUUGUUUUGUUGCGACAGAGGUAGCUGUUUGCUUGCGUCAACUGUCUAGUCAAUUCGCGACGAAUUUUGUCAGUGCUAAUGGAAAAUCAAUCGUAUUUUAUGCACCAUUUAUGACCAUAUUUGUUCACUGUGAGACUCUAACUCGUGUUCAUCUUUGUUUUUGCGCUGCAUUGUGCUCAUCGCUUCAGUUCACCAUUCGAGUAGCUUACUUGAACACUGCAUUGUUGCACUGUGCAUCCGUGGCUCGGGUGUACCGCCGGCGGUCAAUCUGUGGUUGAUCUCUCACUCUGACCGCAUGUGUGUUCUCGGCCUCAAUACAAGAUGGUCAGUCGGUUA